GAUUUCCUGGUAAGGUCUGUUUCGCCUUGCAUUAAAUUAAUUGUAAGUCACAACAUCUGCAGAAUCAGCUGCACAAUGGAGGUCUUGAAAGACUUCGAUAAUGCAGACACCGUCAGUAUUAACACGCUAGCUCUGGAAGAAAUGCUGUUGGAGGAAAGAGAGAAAGAAAUGAAGAAUCUACAUGCAAUGAACAAGAAAGUGUGUUAUCUGCAUACAAGUUUGUUGUACUAUCGGAACCCGAGUUCAAAGAAAGGCGCUGUGUGUUAUGACGCAUGGCGAAUGUUGGUGAAGAGAGUCGGAGGCACCCCAAAUACAUGGAGAGACUUAGGAUGCCUGUUGGGGCUUUCGCCGCCUGAUUUAGAUUACAUCAUGCACACUGUGAGAGAAGAUCCUGUAGACACAGUUUUAAAAGUGUUCAUGCAAGAUGAUAAAGCCACAUUAGAUAAAAUAGUAGAUUCACUAAUAAAACUUCAGAGGUAUGAUAUCUUGACAGCUCUAGAAGAACCAUUUGACAAUUUAUCCCAAGCUUUUAACAUAAACGACAGCGGAUAUCACAGUGUCACAGAUGGAAAGAAGGAAGUAAUAAGCUAUACAAAAAAUAUAGCCAAUACAUUGCCACCAGCCUUGUGUGAAAAAUUUAUACUAAGAGAAAAAGAUCCCAAUAAACCAAAUCAGUUGAUGAGACCACCAGCAAAAACAGAUGAAAAAGAAGUGGAACAUGAUGGUCCAACACUAUUUUUAACUUUUGUUGAAGAUGGUUUACUUACUGCAGAUAAUAUAAAGACAUACAUAGAGACCUGGACAGAUUUCCCUGGUGUUAAAGUAAUAACAUUAACAGAUAAAAGAGAAGAGGUAUAUCAGAAUCCUGAAAAAUUUAUUAGGGAAUAUUUUGAAAAGGCUGAUUUUGUGGUGCCAAUAAUAACAUCAGGUUAUCUACAAGAAAUAAAAUCACACAGCUCCAGUGUGCCUAACACAAGUGACAAUUUAGAUAGUAAAUAUGUAAACUUUAUAUACAAUUUGAUUAUCAAUCACUACAUUCAUGCAAGCGGUUGUAUGAACAAGAAAGUACGGAGUGUUCUGCCUAAAAAUGUCAAUGUUGAUGUAUUGAGAAGUGUAACUUUGUACCCUGAUUUAAUGCCUUGGACUUUUGAAACAAAUUUUGAUCAACAGUUCAAAGCAUUUUUAAAACAGAAAAUUGAAGAGCUAUGAUAAUAAGUUCAAUAGAUAAUGUUUAAGAAACCAACAAUGGUGUCUGAUAAACAAAUAGCUCAUUCAUAUUUUUCUUCCUGGAUUUGAUGAAAUUCUUGUAGAGGAUAUUCUGCAACAUUACUACAGAUACUACAUGUGUAGGUUAAAUAGUAGUUUUUUAACUUUUGACUUAAAUUGAUUACAAUAUGUAUGGUCAGGGGUUUUUUAAAUUGAAUUCCUAAUAUUUAUUCAUUUUGGCAAUUUACAUUUUUCUAUAGCGUGUGUCACCAAUGACUUAAAUAGGUUUUCGUAGGCAUCACAAUGGUGACUGAAACUCUAAUGGGACAUACUGGCUUAAAUAAGCAUGUCGUACUUCAAAGUCGGAGAGAUAUUAUAAGAUAGACUAGAAAAGAUAGAUAGACAGAGUGAUAAAAGAUAGGCUAGAUUAUGCUACCAAAUG